CCACAUUUCCAUACAUCGAGCAAAUGCUCAAUCUUUGAGUGUACUUUCCUUAUCUUAAAAGCUGUAUAAACCAAGGCUUCUUUAAGUUUUUAAUGCAUCGCAUACUCGAUUGAAAGCCGUAGUUGCAGCAAACUGUUUGCCCCCCAAAUAGAAGCUGGUUCCUCUAAGGAGAUUAUGAGCUCUAGGAACAGAAUUUAUGGUGUAUGUAAAGUGCAUUGGAAAAGCGACGGUGUCUCAGAAAUCUGUUUUUAGAUUCUGAAAAGAUUGCUCUCUUACCUCAGUUUCCUUUGACUCAAGAGCAACAGAAGUCUGUUCUGAAACUGCGAAGAUGUAAGAGUUACAUCAAAUUUUUUGCACCUUCAAGCUAGUCAACACAUUUUAGUCAAUGACUCAGGGGCAACAACACAUUUUAGUCAAUGGUAAACUCAAGUACAUUGGCUAACAUUCUAAAACUAUUCUAUAAUAAUUUUGAAAGACUAUUCUACAAUAAUUUGGAAAGACUAUUAGAAGUGUGCAUAGUGGCUUUGUUCCAGAAGUGGCCUCAAGACAAAAACUGGUCUGGAUUUACUUCGUCAGGACUUUUAACUUCAAAAUGCUUGCUUUUGGGCAAAGGCACUUUUAUGGUUUUGGCUGAGUAAUGCAGACGGGAUAUAUGGAUUAUUGAAUAGUUGCAGCAGCGUUUCUCGGGUCUUCAAGGGCCAGAAUUUUGUUUUUAAGCCUAGCUGCAAAAAUGACUUCAAAACAGAUUAAAAAUAAAAUAGUAAUCCGAGAAGUCCCUUGUGCCAAAAAGAAAACCUCGAUGCAAGCGGCAUCACCUUGAAUUAUAUGUACUUUUGUACAUGCGAAAGUGGUUUACACAAAGGUGUAAAAAGGUUGACAUUGCUCGUAAAGUACAUAUUGUUUUAAAGAAAACGUUUUGUAAGCAAUGUAACUGCUGUGACUCCAAUGUGACUCAGAAAUGUUAAUCAACUUUUCAAUAUCCAAUACGCUUCGAAAAAAAGAAUUAUGCAAUUUGUUUCCCGUAUUUAUCAGAAAAUCAGAAAGUACCUUAUGACAUUCAAACCAAAGAACAGUUUUUCUAUAGAACUGAGAAUUCACUAUAAAACUAAGAAGAAUGUCGAGUAUGAUUGGAGUGAAGUCCAUUUGCGCUAAGAUUUAAGCAAUUUUUAAGAAACUCGAAGAAUUCACUCCUUGAAAAAAAUAAGGAACUGCAUGACUGCGAUUUGCCAUUAUUUUUUAGAUAACAGAAUGUAUGGAAUUGCGAGUUUGGUAGUGUAUUUCUUUCCUUCACACAAUGAAGAUAAUGCUUCUAGCAUUAAUUAUAUAAUUUGCCAUUCUCCCACGUGCCAUGAACAAUCUAACCUGAUUUUUCAUGAAAUUGAAUAUAUAAUAUUCCUAGCCUGAUUGUGUUUUCACGGUUUAUUUCUUUUUGGCACUUUGUUUUAUAAUAAGCACGCAUUCCACACUUUAAUGACCAACCAAAGAGGAAGAGAAAACCUCUUUUUCUACUUUAAUACCUGUUUGCUGUCCAGCUUUAACUUUGAAAGUCUUAUAAUGUUUUGCUGUGGAAAUUGUAGCACUUUCAACAACGAGAAAAUUUCGUGAGUCUUCGUUCAAAACUUUGCUACUUAGGAAACUGAAAUUUUUGAAACAACUUUAAUGACCAACUAACUUGUUUUUAACAUUUGAUAUUUCCUUUGAAAGGAUAAUGUUUCAUUAAGUGGGUCGUUAGCAUGUGUUUAUUGUGUAAAAAACUUGUCUUCGACCGUUUAAAAAUUCAUUUUUACUUGUCUUUUCAUAACCCUAUUUUUACUUGUUCCUGGGGCACUCAAAUUUUUUCAGUUAAGGAAUUAUCUGUACUAAGCCUAAAACCAAAUUCUGAAAGAAAAAAAUACUUGUCGUUGAAGGGUGAUGCGAAACUACAUUUGCCAAAAAAUGUGCUGCUUUAGCAGACUACUUUUCAAUGAGUGGCAUGAAUGGCUUUGCUAGGCUACUUGAAAAUAUUCUAACAUGGCUGUUUCUUGUUGUUUUUGAUGAGUUUACUUCUGGUGACGUCACUACAUCCAGCAAAAACAUCACCCUCCAUCGCAGAGGCGUUUAGCCCGGACAACAAAGGUUGGUUGCUUGCCACAGCCUCUGCGAUGGAGAGUGUAACACCAUUGUACGUCGUAAAACUUUGGCCUUUUUGCAAUUCCGUAAAUGUGUUUUGUUUAUCGCAUUCCGACUACACACUAGACGUGUGAUUUUUCACCCCUUCAUAAUAAUAGGCGGGCAUAUGUAAACAGAUCUGGUUCUGAACUGAAGUUCUCUGCAUUGAUCAUUGUGAUUACAUGCCAGAAAUAAACAGGUUAUGUCAAUUAUUGCUGUGUAUGUAGGCGUUUAUGGUCAUUUUAUUCGCUUCUGGUUUUUAAUGAUCUUGCCCAACCUUGCCUCAAAAAUUUGAUCGAAGUGGAAGCGAGCACAUGACAAGGGGACUGCUUUGCAUCAUCAAUGACGAGAACUGUGCUGUUUCAAGGUUUAUUUUAGGGACACUUUUCAACAAUCGAACUGAUAUUUAGCCUGCUGCAAAACUGCACAUUGACAACUGAUGCUCUUCCAAUAUCUUCGUGUAAAGUUUUUAAUCAGCGAAUAAGCUGAAAAACAAAAUGACAGAGGUGUUAGAUCUUCUUUCUGACUCAAGGAUAUGCAAAGGAUUCGAUGUCAUGUUAUUACGCGCAAUAAUUACUGGCCAAGUGUCUUCAUAUUUAGCAAUUUAGUGUGGAUUUUCCUUUAACAAACUCUUUUCAUUGUUUCUUGAAAUCGAAAGAAAAAUUUGGUCAGAUUCAACGGGGUGUUUAUAUACCUCACCUUGGAGUCCACUUCAAGAUGCACAUUUCCAUUAUCCCUCCAAAAGGUAAGGAGAUCGUUGUUCCUAAAACAAGCGAAUGUUUGAUGAUACACGGACGCGAUCUGCUUUAUUACAUGUAUCAAGAGCUCGAUAUUGUUGCUUACAAAGAUUACUUUGGCCUAACUUACUGUGGCGGAAAGGAUGGCAAGCUACGGUGGUUGGAAGAGGACGAUCAAAUGAGAAAACUUGAGCAGAGUCUUGGGCGAAAAAUGACAUUCCAGGUAGCAGCAAGCUGUCACCCGGAAGAGCCAGAGGAAACUUUUGAUUGUAGACCAAGUCGACGGCUAUUUCGUGACCUGAUCAAAGAUAAACUGCUCAAAGGGCAGUUAGGAUGCGAAGUUGAACUACAUGCGGAGCUUGAUGCAAUUAUUCUACAAACAGAACAAGGCGACUACAGUAGCGACUAUUCCAGCUACGAAGAAGCUCUUCUAAACCUGGAUAUAUGUAGCCCAACAUACUUAAGCUGUGGCAAAAGCCCAUCCGAGGCCUAUUACCUUAAACUGGUGAAGCAAUACCACAAGAAAUUAGCUGGUGUUUCCAAAAAAGAUGGGGAGAGAAUGUACCUCUCUAGGUUAAGAGAUAUUCCUUUCUACCCUUACAAAGUAUACCAGACGGUCGAGCUUAACGGUGGAAAUGUCUCUGUUGGUCUUAGACAGAAAGGACUGUGUGUUUUAGAAUAUGGCACAUGUGAAAGAUUUGUUGCCCCUAAAAUCAUCAACGAGUACCUCUGGUCUGAUCUUCGCUACUGCACGCACUCGAAGCAUAAAGUUCGGCUUGGUGUAUUCUCUGGUGCUCAGAUGGAAGAACUUACAUUGAAAAUCAAAGGACCGAGGGGUGUUGACGAAGGGAACUGCCUUUUUAAAGACAUCACAAAAUAUAGAGACAUAUACCUGGCGAAGAAAUGUGAGAAUGUUGGCAAGGCCGAAAGAGCAGCAAUCCUUAUGCUAGGAGGAGCUAACAGUGGACCAGAUCGCAAAAUCAGCGCCUUCACAGAGUCGAUUGAGAACUCUUUUCGCAUGUUACGUCAGAGAGCAAAAAACCAACCUCUUCGUGAGUCCCUGGAGUAAAAACAUAAAACUUAUAGUCGGCAAUGUGAAGAAUGAUCGAUGCGAAAUUUUGUAUUUUGAUCUGUGUUAUUAAGUGAAAUAGAAAAGUGUGCCCUGGUAAAAUAAGCAUUUUGUUGGUAAAAUAAAGUUUACUGGUAAAUUUUUCUGCGGGACUUUUCAGUGAUGAAAUUUCAUCAAUCGAAACAACAGUUAUUCAACCUUUAGAUUUUUAGUCGGUUGAAUCUGUCACCCAGAGGCGAAGGAGCGUACUAAAAAGGGGGCAGUACAAUAGAAGGGGCAAUUGAAAAGCACGCCCACUGAGAAAUUAAAAUUCUUUUUUGGCUGCAGUAGCCAUUGAGCUAUACAGCUUGACAAGUCUGUUACUUGACAAGUUUAUUUUGGACAAUGUCAUAGCACUUCUUAAGACAAAUAUAACAAUAUUUGAGUAUGCACUUUUUGAAUUGAGUUGUCUUAUUGUUAACAAGAAGACAAUGCUGGAUAAGACCUGGAUAAAAAAUCUUCUCGAUUUAUUUGAAUUUAUCAAAAUAUUGUUUGCGACUAUCGUUGCGCUGUACAAAGUCUUUUGCAUCCUUUUAAAAUCUAUCUUAUCAGUUCUUUGCGGAUGAGAAUAAAGCAUCAGUUGUUGCUUCUCCGUUCUAUUGUUCGAGGCAGGCUUUUAGGCGACUUCUCUCUAAGUCUAAGGUGAAGAAAAAGGGUGCUUCCCACAAUAACUUCUAGGUGCCUCGCCCAAGUGCCCUUAUCGCUAUCCCUCUCACACUUAAGCUACUCUAGGCCAGGGCUAUCGAGAGCAACGCUAGGCCAAAGGGCAGGCCCAAUGCUUGGCCGCUCUUCACAUCCAAUUAAGUAAACCCAGAUGCAUUUAAUAUGAAUUUAAAAUGUAUAGAAGUUUAUUUGCUUUAAGUAUUUGAUUGUAAAGCAUGCUAAAUUUCUCAUCCCAGUACAGAUAUAAUUUGUGAUGUUUUUCAGAAUCAUAUUUUAAACAGAGACAGUUCCAUUGCCAGAGGGCCCCUCUUUGUUUAAAGGCCCAGAAGCAGUUGUCUCUUUGCCCCCUCUUGCCCCAUUUUCCCCUCUUGCUCCCUUUUCCCCUCUUGCCCCCUUUUCCCCCCUUGCCCCUUGUUGGUAGGUCCGACCUUGACACGAUAUUGGUAUCAAUUGUCAUCUGUUAAUGAUUAUAUUUUAUGUUCAAUGGUAGCUACCAAGAGGCGUUUGAGAAAACCACAAUGAUCAUAUUGAUCUUAGCCCGAUAUAUAUUAGUAUCAAAUACUCUUUAUUCAA